UUUUUAAUAAAAAUUAUGCUUAAUAUUAUAUUUCUUGUGGUGUGUUAUUUAAAAUAUUGAUAUAGUUAUGAUUGUUAUUAUUAUCCAGUGCUAUCUUCAAUAAAAAUGCCUGUGUCUAUUGUAUUUAAGUUGUUUUACAAACUUAAUAGUGUGCUCUUUAUAAAUAGUUGAUUUUUUUUUAUUUUUGUUGCUACAACUAAUAAUAUACAUACAAGCAUAAAAUUAAUUGUAAGCACUUUAAGUUUUAAGAGAUAAGUUUAAAUAGAUAAACAUAUUAUUGGUUUAAAUUUUUUAUUAUGAAAACAAUAUAUAACAAAAUAAUUAUUCACCUUUGUGAUUUAAUUAGUUAUUGAGAAAAGAGUUUCGUUCAUAAGUUAUGACAUCAAGUAAAUGAAAUGUUCAACCGAAGCACCUAAUAUUGUUAAUUAAAAGUUAAGUCUUAUCUAAUUAAUGUGCAAUAAGUUAGCUUAAUGUUUUUAUGUUUAUUUUUCAAUAGUUUUUAGGUAAGUGUAAGUACUGAAAGUCAAAAUUUACUCAAAUAAUCUUAUAAACUGUGCAGUAUUCAAAAUAAAUUAGUUUUGUAAGUUGAAAUUACAGAAAAGCCCCGAGAGUUUUGCUGGUUACAUAAUCAAAGUGGCUAUUGCUUUGAUAUUGAAAGGAAAUAAGAAUUAUUUCAUGACUGACUUUUUCAAAUGUGUAAUUAGUGCAAUAAGUAUCAUGAGAAAUAAAGAUUUUUUAUAUAAAUAUAUUUCAGUUUCCUUGUUUUGAAAAAGUUUUCUUUUAAGAAAAAAGCAUUAAAUUUUUAAGCAUUUAAAUUUGUUAAAAGAAAUAAAUAAUUCAAGUUGAAUAUUUUUUUGUAUCAAGAUAGGUUGCUAUUUUCGAAAAUGUUCUCUUCUUAAAGUGCUGUUUUCAAAUUUUGGUCAAUAUUUAUAUAACAAAAGAAUGAGUUCUGUGUUGGUUUACAAUGGCAAUGGUACAAAAUAUGUGGAUUUCAUCUGUAAUUUGUUGAUAGAUCAGCUUAGUAAUAAAUUUUUAGUGAAAAAGGUUUCAUCACAAGAACUUCAAUCUAGAAAUUGGAUGUUUUCUACUAAGGUUCUUGUAAUUCCAGGUGGUAGAGACUUACCCUAUACAAGAGAUAUUACAAUGUCAGCAAUUGAUAAUAUUCGUGAGUUCGUAGACAUGGGUGGUUCCUAUUUAGGUAUUUGUGCUGGUGCAUAUUUUGCUUGUUCUCAAGUUGAGUUUGAAAAAGGAACUUCACUUGAAGUCCUUGGGUACAGAAGUUUACAAUUUUUUAAGGGCAUUGCAAGAGGAAGUGUUUACAAUGGAUUUAAAUAUGAUUCCACGAGUGGUGCACGCAUGGUUCAUUUGCAAUUGCAUCACGAUUUUAAUACAGUCAACCAAAAUAGUUAUGCUUAUUUUGAUGGUGGUUGUGAAUUCAUACCUGAAGAAAAUUUUACCUUACACAAAACUGUUGCAUUUUACAAUGAUUUUACUGACAAAAAAGCCAUUGUACUUACAAAGUUUGGUAAAGGCAAAGUGCUUUUGUCAGGGGUUCAUCCUGAAAUGGAUGCAAAUUUUCUUAAAGAGUCUGAUUACUCAUCUUCUCAAUGGAUUGAAUUAAUGAAGUAUUCUCAUUUCCAAAAAGAGUUGUUUUGUCUGUUUAUAAAUAUCUUAUUUGACAGGUGUAAUGAAUUAAAAUAAUAUAAAAUAUAUUUUUUGAAAAUUAACAAGGAUUAGAUCAUAAAGAACCUUUCAACUAUGUUUGGUAUAGAUAGUUUUAAAAGUUUAUUGUGUGUUGUAUAUACUGUAUUGCAGAAUUAUUGCAGAAUGCAAAAAAAAUUAAGUUUUUAUUUAUAUGAGAUUGACAUGAAUAUUUUUUUUUUUUUAAAAGUUUUUGUUUGAAUUAUUUAUAAUAUUUAUUACAUUGUCAUAAUUUAGUUAUAUUAGUUUUUUUAUUAGCAUUUUUAUUGGUUUUUAAAAUUUAUUUAAUUGAUUUUGUUGUGAAUUUUUUUUUGUAUAGGUCAUAAUAUUUGUUUUUAAAUUUAAUAGGGAUUUUAAUUUAUGAAUAAUAUUUGGUAGAUACAAAUAUAUUAGGAAUAAUAAUUAUAUUAAGAAUAAUAACUAAUGAUUUAAGAAAUGUUAGUAAAUGCUAA